GCCAGUGAGCGUCGGUGACCGUAAAAUGGCGGACGGUGACAUUGAUCUGUACGCCGAUGAUCUUGAACAAGACUUUGCCCAGGAUGAAUUCGCUGGUGACGGAGUGGACCUAUACGACGACGUGAUAGCUGCCCCCUCAGGUGGCAACGGUGGAGUGACGACGAACAACAGUGGUGGUGGUGGUGGUGGUGGCGGUGGUGGUGAUUCUGACACUCCAAACACAACAAACGAGGAGACCAACGGUAAUGCUCCAUACCACCAACUCGGCAACAAUAUUCAACCCAACCAAAUCGGCAGAAGGCACCAACUGUACAUUGGUAACUUGACCUGGUGGACAAGUGACCAAGACAUUACCGAGGCCGUUCAAAGUAUUGGAGUGACCGAUUUCGUUGAAGUGAAAUUUUUCGAGAAUCGUGCCAACGGUCAGUCCAAGGGCUUCUGCGUUGUGUCGUUGGGGUCUGAAGGUAGCAUGAGAUUGUGUAUGGAGAGGCUUCCCAAGAAGGAGUUGCACGGACAGAAUCCAGUGGUGACAUUUCCCACUAAACAGGCGCUCAAUCAAUUUGAGUCCCAGUGUAAGACGCGACCAGCCCCUGCACCACAGCAAAAUCAGAGCCAAAAGUCUCAUAAUCCCCAUCAGCAUCAGUCCUCGAUGCCCCCUCAUCAACAGCAUCCACAGCAUCCCCCGCAUAGUCAGCAUCCCCAGCAGAAUCAUGGGCCCAGGAUGAUGAUGGGACCACCCCAGGGACCCAGGCCCCAGAGGAUGCCCCCUCCUGGGAUGGGACCACCUGGACCUGGCAAUGCUGGACAGCAGGGACCUCCCAGGAUGCAUGGACCUCCUAUGGGCCCUGGUGGCCCUGUGCCUCAUCACAUGUCUGGGCAUCCUAACCAGGGACCACCGCCUCCUGGAUAUCAACAGAGCCACUGGAAUGGACCGAGACCUAAUGGACCCCCAGGACCUCCUAGGGGACCCAAUGGUGGGCCUCCUCAGCAGGGACCUCCUGGGCCUGGACCUGGACAGCAUAGACCCCCUGGAAUGCAAUUCCAUGGACCACCUGGACCUCCAAAUCAAGGUCCACCACGAGGUCCUCCACAUCCAGGACCUCCUGGUGAUCCACGAGGAGCUCCACCUCGUCCUGAAUGGAAUAGACCGCCAGGUAUGCAUCCUCAUCAAGGACCCCCAGGUUUCAAUCAACAUCAGCACAUGCAAGGACCUCAACCAGGCCAGGGUCCACCCCAGAGAGGACCUCCACCAGGAGGAAUGGGCGGUAUGUUACAAGGCGGUCCACCGCCAGGCCACGGGGGCCCUCAGCAAGGCCCUGCUCCUGGACCCCCUGGUGGUCCAGCACCUCACGUAAAUCCUGCAUUUUUCUCGCAAGGUCCACCCCAUCAGCAUCCAGGACAGCAUCCAGGCGGCCCACCACCACCUCAUCACGGACCGGUUCAUGGCCCACCACAUGGCCCCCCUCACGGACCUCCUCAUGGACCACCUCAUCCUCCUCCACAUGGCUAUGGUCCACCCUCUGCCCAGCCGCCGUACAAUGCUCCCGGUCCUGACCACCGCCCCGAGGAACCUCCUCAGCUCCGUGAAGCGGAGUUCGAAGUAAUCAUGGAUCGGAAUAGAACAGUGUCAUCGUCAGCAAUAGCUCGUGCAGUCUCAGACGCUGCAGCUGGGGAAUACGCAAGUGCCAUUGAGACACUUGUCACUGCGAUAUCCCUCAUCAAGCAGUCUAAAGUAGCUGGCGAUGAUCGCUGCAAGAUUCUGAUCAGUUCUUUACAAGAUACUUUGAGGGGUGUGGAGACGAAGAGUUAUGGUUCUGCUAGACGAGAGCGUUCAAGAUCCCGUGACCGCGAACGCAGUCACCGUCGUCGUCGUGAGCGCUCUCGCAGUCGUGACAGGGAGUACAGAGAGAGAAGUAGAGAUCGUGAUCGUGAGAGGGACAGAGAUCGUGAUCGAGAGAGGGACCGUGAUAGGGAUCGUGAGCGUGAGCGUUACUACAGCGAGCCCUACCCCAGGGAGAGAUCACGCAGUCGCGACAGAGACCGCGAGCGUGAGCGCGACCGGGAGUACAGAGAGCGCAGCAGAGAAGAGAGUACAACACGUCAAGCAGCCAGACCGAGAGUUAAAGAGGAACCGCCCGAGGCGGCACCGGUAUCAUCUUCCAAGCCGUCUAGGUAUUAUGACGAUCGCUACAGGGAGCGUGAACGAGAAAGGGAGCGUGAGCGUGAAACAAGCAGGCGGCCAGCUGAACGCGAAAGGGAGCCUGAGCGUGGCGGUGCUGGUGGUGGAGGCGGUGGAGGUAGUGAGAGAGAACGUGAGCGCGAACGUGAUCGACGUGAUGAGCGUGGCGAUUCUUCGCAUCGUUCACGACACUGAGUACAUGAACACGUUCCUGCAUCAUCUCAUGCAACAUACAGUAAUAAUGACGUGACAUCUGCAGCAAAUGGACAAGGCAGAAAGACAUCAACAGCAGAAACAUAAUUUCUUUAACAAAAAACCAACAGCAAAUCACUCCAAGAAACUUUUAGUGCUUAUCGUUGUGACCGAUAUGAAUUUUCCUGUGGCAUCCAAAGAUUUAAGCAAAAAAGAAAAGAAUUGAAUUGUGAUAUCAAUUGAUUACUUUUCUCUGUCAACUAUUAAUUUUUAUCAAUUGGAAAAAAAAACACAGUGGGAGAAUACUGCGCAGUAAAAUACCAGACAAAAUGUGUGAAUUAUACAGAAAACAAUUCAGUGCUUUAUUUUCUCUUCAUAAUGAAUUAUGUAAUGAAUAUUUUUUCUCUUUCUGUCCUCUUAACAAUUUUGCCACAUUAUAUUAAUGAUUAAUAUUCUACAUGUAUACAUAACGUAUAUGUAACAGCACUGUAAUUAAGAGUAUGUUUGAAAACAAAAAUAUUUAGAUUUAAUGUGAGAUGAGCAGUGUUACAGUAGAAUUAAAUAAUGAUAAAUAUAGUAAUCACAAGUUUAAAUCAUCAAGAAGCUGAUAUGCUGCUCAACGAAGAUUUUAAUCAUCCACAGGACACUGUCAAGAGGAAUGAAGAACGCUCUUAAUGAAAAUUUAUCAUCGGUCUUCAGGGCUCAUGCGACAAUGCAAGAUUGUAUUCCUAAUAUAAUGCAAAAAAGAAAAAAAAUAUUCGGUUUCGAAAAAUAUAUAUUACUGAACAUGUCUUUACUUUAUUCAUCUGUGACACAAAAUCCUGGAAAACAAAACUAAAACAAAUAUCUGAGAUAUAGCAGAAAAUUACAAAACAAACAUGUUAAUUUAUUUUUUUCUUUUGCCACUUUAUCAUAAAUGACUCGUGGUUUGUCUGUAUUCAUCGAAUAAUUUGGCUUAUAUUUCACAAUUUUUGCAAUAUGAAAUCUCUACUCAAUUACUGAGUAAUGGAAAAAAACAAUGUAAACAUCGUAUGUAAAAUGCUGAUGUAAAUGGUAUUCUUUCUCCUUUUUACUAUCGAGGACAAACCAGAUAAAAGUAGAGUAGAGUCACGAAGCGGCGCCUUCUUCACAUUCUUUUGAUUAACGAAACAAAUGCGAAUUUAUAGUUUUUAUUUUUAAAGAGAAAUCGAUAUUUUUCUUGAUUGUCAUGAAAUGUUAUUUAUUGUUAAAUUGAAAAAUUAUGUGGCGCUCUUACAUGGUCGUAAAUUUUAUAAACUUUGUGAGAAAUGAAUUUAGAGCAUACAGUUGAAGAGAAUUCGCUAAAUUCGAUUAUAUCAUCUUCAAUUCUCACAAAGUAUUUUUUUUAACUUUUUUUUUGGUUGAAAAACAAUCCGUAGUUUACCCUGUAGUUGCUCCAACCAAUAUACUCUUCCUGUCUUUUUAUGUUAAAAUUUUAGAACUGUCAAUUUUUGUCAAGAUUGCAUGCACAUUUUUUUAUAAUUACAGCUAAUGAGAUGAUUGAGAUUUAGAAAUAAGUGAUCGAAUAAUGUUUUUCAUAUUUACUUAUGGUUUAAUUGUUCAUUAUUUUCGUAUAUUCCAUGAAAAAUAAUUUUUGAGAAUUUUAAAAUUUUUAUAAAUACUACCUAUCAGUGAUAAUUGAUAAUUAAACCAUAGGUUUUUAUGAAAAAUAAUUCUGAAAGGGUUGAUUUUUGAUCGAUGUCAAGGCUAUUCUCCAGUACGCUAGAACUUUAUCGAUGACAAUUAUCAUUAUCUCUAUUAUUGGAAACAAACGUAAAAAGCGUACAUCCAGA